AUGGAGUUACCGGCAGCGCUCCGGUCCCGCCUGAGAGCCGGCAGCGAAAAGAGUGCCUCAUCAUCGCCGACAAGUCCAACCUCCAAGGAGCAGCUCGGCCAGGGGAGCGACCUCACUCAUGCCAGCAUCAAGCGAGCAACGAGACUGCGCCGGGGUUUUGCUCUGAGCGCCUCCUUUGCAUACCUCGUGUCCUGGAUCUUCCUCCUUCUCGUCGUCAUCGGCUCCACCAACUCCGGCCCCGUCCUCUCCACCAUCUACUUCUUCAAGCUCAACCUAGCCGACAUCAUCCCAACAAGCGUUCCCAACGCCUCACUAAUCAACAGCAUCGCCCAGUCCAUCGGCCUGCACGACUUCUACCAGGUCGGCCUCUGGAACUUCUGCGAGGGUUACCUCCACGAGGGUAUCACCUUCUGCUCCCACCCCGAGACCCUGUACUGGUUCAACCCGGUCGAGGUGCUCAUGAACGAGCUGCUCGCGGGCGCGACAAUCGCGCUCCCCACGGCCGUCGUCACCAUCCUCUCGGUACUGCGUAUCACGUCGCAGAUCAUGUUCGGCUUCUUCCUGACGGCCUGCGUCCUCGCCUUCUUGCUCGUCCUGCUCUCCCCCGUGGCCGUCACCUCGCGCUGGUGGAGCCUGCCGCUGGCCGUCGUGUCGUUUGUCGAGAUGAUGCUCGUCCUGGCGGCGAGCGUCGUGGGCACGGCCAUCAGCGUCGCGUUCAAGUACGCCGCCGAGGCGCAGAGCGAUCUCAACAUCCGCGCCGAGGUCGGGGUUAAGAUGUUUGUGUUUAUGUGGCUGGCGACCGGGUUCAGUAUCUGGGGUUUUGCGGUGCAUUCUGGGAUGGGCUGCUGUUGCACGUCGAGGAGGGAUCUGAAGAUUGGGAGGAGGGUUGUGGGCCGGGAUGGACGGGGGGUGAGGGAGGGGGUGGAAUAA